UCCCGGAAGUAAAAUAAGCGUGCAGGCGACACUAGCUCGUUAGCCUCAAAAUGAGUUUAUUUUUGCCCAAAUUAACGUGCAAAAAAGAUAUUGAUGAAGUCAUUAAAGGCGUAGCAGAAAAAGUCGUGGUUUUACGGUUCGGCAGAGACGAUGACUCGGUGUGUCUGCAGCUCGACGAGAUUCUGUCAAAAACUGCCCACGACUUGAGUAACAUGGCGUCUAUUUAUAUCGUCGACGUGGAUAAAGCUCCCAUUUACACACGAUACUUUGAUAUAAGCUUCAUCCCCUCCACCGUGUUCUUCUUCAACGGGCAGCACAUGAAGGUGGAUUAUGGCUCUCCAGAUCACACUAAGUUUGUCGGCAGCUUCAAGACCAAGCAAGAUUUCAUGGACCUGAUUGAAGUGAUCUACAGAGGAGCCAUGAGGGGGAAAAUGAUUGUCCAGAGUCCCAUAGAUCCUCAAAAUAUUCCCAAAUAUGAUCUCCUCUACCACGGGAUUUAGAGUCAGCACCUUUAUUUAUUGUGUGACAGCUUUGCAGAGGAGCAUGGACUGCUACUGAACGAAUAACCAGAUGUUCAGACUUUGAGCCACAAAGCGACUGUAUGAGGAAGUUGUGAUAUUAAAACUUAUGUGACUCAGAUUUAGAGACUGUUACACAUAUAUUCAUUUUCCCGUGGAGAUCAGAUUACAGUCAGUACUCCUGCCUUUACUCUUUCUCAUUGUGAUACUUUUAAAGGUUGUUUGUUGUGUUUCUGACCAUUUUUGCUAAUGCUAAGGAGCAGUAAUGUGUCAAAAACUCACUCAGACAGUACGAAGAAAAGUGAAGAAAGCGGCAGGUUAGUAAAAAUGGAGUGUUUUUGGCAGUACCAUGUGUAAGGCUGGAAAAUCUGAAAGUAUUCCUGUUUUAUGACAGGUGUUCACUCUGUCACAGGGUUUAUCGAAUAUUCCAUAGUUUAAUUUGUUAAGGAUUUUUUAAAUCAGUGAAAAAUAUAGCUUCACUGUUUUCUCAUCCUUUUUCACAUCUGUGAUGGGUGUGAGUGUUCAUAGAGGUCCUGCAGCAGUUUAUUCUAAUUUGAUCAAUUUUCUUGUGAAAAUUUAUUUUUAUUAUUAAUGCGUUGCACCAUGUUGGCGCUUCCUGUGGUAAACAGAUGUACAUCAGCAGAAAGAUGUGAUUUAUUUAUCGAGUGUACAUGCUCUGUUAUAAUAAAAUUUCAACAAAUUUCA